AUGGUAGACUGGAGAAAACUCAUCAGCUUCAUCGGGCCUGGUCUUCUAAUUACCUGUGCAUACAUAGAUCCGGGGAAUUACAGUACUUCAACCAACGCUGGAGCUCAGUUCGGCUACAUUCACCUGUUCAUUAUUUUUCUGUCCAACAUUUUUGCCAUUAUUCUUCAAUGUCUGUGUAUCAAGCUGGGUACGGUCACAGGACUUGAUCUAGCACAAAACUGCCGCAAGCAUCUUCCUCGCUGGCUCAAUAUAACGGUCUAUGUUCUGGCUGAGCUAGCAAUUAUAUUCACAGACUUAGCCGAAAUUGUGGGCACCGCUAUUGCGCUUUACAUUUUGUUUGGCAUCGAGCUGAAGGUCGGCGUGCUACUGACCAUUUGCGAUGUUCUGGUGAUAUUAUUGGCGUACAAUCCCGAUGGCUCUCUCAAGGAAAUUCGCAAAUUCGAGUUUUUUGUGUCCUUUUUGGUCCUCGCAGCAUUUGCGUGCUUCAUAAUUCUGAUGAACAAAGUGGAAGUCCAAAGCAAGCGCGAGUUGCUCAGGGGAUUUCUUCCAUCAAAAGAGCUCUUCACCUCUAAGGAGUCAGUAUAUUUGGCACUGGGAAUAGUCGGUGCUACCGUGAUGCCGCACUCCUUGUAUCUUGGGUCAAAUCUCGUAAAACCGAGACUCAAAGAGUUUGACACAUCAAAUCAAAAAGACCCAGACUCCUUGCAGGUGCAGAGUGCUGUACAGGAAGUUAAUGAGGACACUUAUAGACCGUCGCUUGCAGCUAUAGAUUACUGCCUGAAUUAUUCUUACGCCGAGCUGGUCUGUUCUCUGUGCAUUGUUGCCGUGUUCAUCAAUUCUGCAAUAUUGAUCGUCUCGGCCGCAGCUCUCUUCAAAAAGCCCGAGGCCAUGGAUGCUGACCUAAUUAGCAUUUAUGAGCUGCUGAGCCACUACGUUUCAAAAACAGCAGGACUCAUUUUCGCAAUUGCCAUGCUCUUCUCCUCUAUCGCGGCAGGAAUCAUUUGCACCAUGUCGGGUGCGCUUGUUGCAGAGGGAUGUCUUGAGUGGAAGCUCAACCCAUUUUAUCGGAGAAUUGCUACGAGAUCAAUUGCAAUUAUGCCAUGUAUGGCAAUGGCCCUUUUCAUGGGCAGAGAAGGCAUUGCAACCAUCCUCAACCUGUCGCAGGUUAUUUUGUCAUUGAUCCUACCUUUCGUUUCAGCUCCCUUGCUGUACUUCACCUGCAACAAGGACAUCAUGAAGGUGAGGGUGCAAGUGCAGCCAGAAGAGCUGGAGAACGACACGCCAACAGAAACCUCUCUUUUGAUGCCUGCGCGCAAGGGUGAUAGCUACAAGGACUUUUCCAACUCGGCAAUAACAAACGUCCUGGCAAUUCUCACUUGGGGAACGAUAGGCUUCCUGAACAUUUACUUGAUCGUUCAAUACUUCAGAGGAGAGGACAUACAUUUCUAG